AAGGAGUGCAUCCAUUGCAGCUCAGCCCAUGUUGUAUGCCCUAUCCUAAGAAACGAAAGCAUACAGACGGCCCAGUAGAUUCAUCUAGCGCAUCUUCGAAAAAGCAGAAAGACGAAAGCAUGCUCAAGGGCACACUCAAGCAUGUCGCAGCAUCAGCGCGUGCUUUCACUGCAUCAGCAUCGAGCCAAGCACCGCAAGCUGCAACUCAUACCCGCAGUAGUGGAGCUCCUGUCGCGGCUAAGUUUGGUUUCGGUAGCGGUGGAAAGCAGUGGAAGAAACUAGUCACUCCUCUCCCUGAAGGAAGGCAACCUACUCGCCAUCAGCAAAGAAGUGGACGCAGCACUCGAUCUGGUCAUGCUGGGGAGUCACAGAGAAAUCGUGGUGCUCAAAGUAGAGGAAACCGAGUACUGCACACAGAGGAAUACAUCAACAAUUCGUAUGAGCUGCCUAGGGCAGCUGACUAUGGACUCGCAAAAGAACCUGUUGAUUACCCUUCCGAGCUCCUGGCUGCUGCCAACCUGCUGGUACAGCGCGAUUUGACUAGGCAAGCUGCGAAUGCCGUUUGCGCCUUUCGUUGUAGACUCACCGUUGAAUUGGACGGUCUCCUUCUCAAAUGCAUUGGUGAUGGCAAGAGCGCAGAGCAGGCAAAGGAGAAUGCAGACUUGCAUGCUAUUGCGCAGUUGCACCAACAAGGUCUUUUGAAAACAAUUUUGCCUGGUGGUGAGCAUGCGUCCGUGUCAAAGGAUAUACUUGUACUGCAGAAAGACCCACGCCUCGACAUCAUCAACUUUGCUGCGCGACAUGAUUGCCUGCCAACCUUUUCAAUACGCUCGCGUCGCUCAAGACUCAAGUCAAGAGAAAUGCAUCGCGCUACAGUAGAGAUUAAGGAGCUGGGCUUGAUUGGACAUGGAACGGCAAGUCAGCUAGCGAUGGCUGAAAAGGCUGCUUGUGUUGCUCUCAAGGUUGCCGCUGAACAGAUGCAUGAGCAGACGGGCGAUGGCACGCUCCUGGUCAAAGACUAUACCAAGUUGACUCUUGCCAGCGCGAAGCAAUUUGUGGAAUUCUACUGCUACCAUUUCCGCGCUCGGCAUGUCAUGGAUGCGCAAAUUGGCAAAGGCCUCAAAGGCAGAUCCUCGUCUUGGCUUGCUUCAAUAACGUUGCACAUGCCACAAGCUGAAGGCGUGACGGCCGACACGACAGCACUGCCUGUCGCAGAAGAAGAUGGCGUUGAAACCAAGUCUCGCACAGAGCGCACUUUUGUCAGCGAGCUGGCUGGUGCCAAUAGGAAGGACGGUGAGGAUCUGGCCUACAUUUCUGCCGCAUUGGUUCUCAAGCGGGAAUCUCCUGAUGUCUGGAAGAAGUUUGUCAAGGAAAUGAAGCGUGGAAACGGUGAAGUGCUCAAGCCUCUCAAGCCUAUUGAUAUUGAUGUUGAUUAUACGGCAACUACCACCAUGCAAUCGACCAUUCGUGAAGUCUCAAAGGUCCAGCAGCGCGAUACAAGGGAACAUCAGCAGGAUGAACCUGAUGCAGGGAGGCAACAACGCACACACCACUACCGAGUUCAACGAUUGUCGUCGCAAGAGCAUGAGAAGAAGUCUGCUACCAUGCUAAGCCAAUACAACCGCUACCUGCAGGAACCCAGCCUCGGCCCCUUGCGGGAGAAGCGUGAAGCGUUGCCCAUGGUGCAAUAUCGAGAUCAAGUCAUGAAGCUUGUUUUGGACAAUGACAUUUGCGUCGUUGUUGGUGCAACCGGUUCUGGCAAGACGACUCAAUUGCCGCAACUCAUUCUUGAGCAUGAGACGCUGAAUGGUGCAGGCAGUGCGUGCAAUAUCAUCUGUACGCAGCCACGUCGUAUCGCUGCUGUGUCUGUGGCUCAGCGAGUCGCUGUGGAGCGCGACGAAAAGCUACAAGACUCUAUCGGUUAUCAGGUCCGAUUUGACGCCAAGCUACCCCAGUACGGCGGAUCUGUUACGUACUGCACAACUGGUAUUCUGCUUCGUCAACUCCAAGACAAUCAAGAGACAACAUUGGAUAGCAUUUCGCACAUCAUUGUGGAUGAGGUUCAUGAGCGAGACCUUCAGAUUGACUUUUUGCUUGUUGUCCUCAAGCAACUACUCAAUGCGCGUCGCGAGGCUGGCAAAUCACCCGUCAAGCUAAUUCUCAUGAGUGCAACGAUCGAUACGACCUUGUUUUGCAAGUACUUCGGUCAGAACUUUGAAGGUGGCCGGUGUCCCUUCAUUGAAGUGCCUGGACGGACAUUCCCCGUGACGCAUCAUCCACUCGAGGAGAUUGUCGAUGUGCUCAAGGGCUAUGAUCGCAAGCUUGUGACAGAACUUGGCUCACGCGAUACAGCAGCUUAUGUGAUGCGCGAAAUCACAGAGGCGCCUACAUUCAGCAUAUCUGCACCCGUCAGCGAGCGUAACAGUGAGGACGGCGAUGAGCGCGCCGUUAUUGAUUGGAAGUCUCAAGGUAUUGUCGGUGAAGAUGGUGAGCUUGAUGUCGGUGUGGACAAGGAGGAUACAACGACGCCUGUUGGCUUGAUGAGCUUGACUAUUGGCCAUUUGCUCAAAACCACAACAGACGGCAGUAUUCUCGUCUUCUUGCCUGGUUUGGCAGAAAUCACUGCACUCAACCGUCUGCUCACCACAACAAAACCCCUUGGUGUUGACAUUGUCAGUGAACCCAUGUUCAAAAUUUACAUGCUUCACUCUGCCAUUCCACAGAUGCAGCAGGAAGUCUUUGAGAAGCUCGCACCUGGCUACCGCAAGAUUAUUCUUUCCACCAACAUUGCAGAGACAAGUAUCACCAUUCCAGAUGUCGUGUAUGUUGUUGACUCGGGUAAGCACCGCGAAACGCAAUACGAUCAAGCGAAACGUAUUUCAGCCCUCAUCUCCACUUGGAUCAGCAAGUCCAACUCGCGUCAACGUGCAGGACGUGCUGGUCGUGUUCAGCAUGGUCACUACUACAGUAUGAUUUCUGAAAAGCGCUAUGAAUCUCUUGAAGUCGCGCCUCAGCCUGAAAUCCUUCGCACAGACUUGCAAGACCUUUGUUUGCAAAUCAAGAGUAUGGGAAUUGAGGAUAUUCGUGGUUUCUUGCAACAAGCGAUUGAACCACCGUCGCCAGCGGCUGUGGAAGCUUCGGUUGAUCACCUGCAGGCUCUGGCCGCGCUUGAUGAGAAUGAAGCCCUGACGCCACUUGGUAGAGUCCUAUCUUUGCUACCCGUUCGUCCAUCGCUUGGCAAGAUGGUGUUGCUGGGUUCAAUCUUCAAAUGCUUGGAUCCAGUUUUAAUCAUGGCAUCUGCCGCCGAAGUCAAGGAUCCCUUCCUUCGACCGCUCGAAAAGCGCGGCGAAGCUGAUGACAUCAAGCUCGGCUUUGCAGCUGGUACAGGCAGUGAUGUGCUUGCUGUGGUGCAUGCCUUUCAACAAUGGCGUUCCGUGAGAGCCGAGCAGGGUAUGGCUGCAGCGAAAGACUGGUGUUUCCGCAAUUUUUUGCACUUUGGUUCAAUGGUGCAGUUGGCGAGGACGUGCGAACAGACACUCGAGACCGUCUCCAAGACAGGCUUGUUGGCGCCUGCGCGAAAACAGCGAGGCAUGGCAAAAAUGUUUGGCACGCCGGAGGAAAAUAUGAAUGCAAAUUCGUUGGCCUUGCAGGCUGCGCUCGCCACUGCUGGUUUCUACCCAAAUCUCGCAGUACAGACAUUCAAUGCGCGGCUUUUACGAACAGCCUCUGACAAUGCUGCCGUGAUUCAUCCAUCAUCGUUGGCAGCGCCGAAAAGGUUGAACGGCAACCGACAUGGUCGAAUCCCCUCUGAAUCUGUCAUUCCCGUUGGUGCUUUGUUUGUGUAUGCGCAAAAGACCCAAGCAGACGGCUCACAGAUUGCUCUGCGUGGUUGCACACGAACAUCGCCUUUGUCGGUGGUGCUCUUUGGUGGCGAGUCCAAGCAGGAUGGUCCACUCAUUCGCGUGGAUGAAUGGGUGCCAUUCUAUACGCGUGGAGAGCAAAAGUCUGCCAUCAUGCGCUUCAACCAAUUGCUUCGGUUGUACCUGGAGCGUACCUUUGCCAAUCUUGGUAUGGCCAGCAUGGAGCAUCUUCUAGGACGUGGCGGCCGUGGUGGGACUGGAUCAUUGAUGCAAGAUCCUGUGCGUGAUCCGCUCGUCAGGGGUGUAGUGGGCGCACUAGACCAAGCAUACAAGGUCAUCACACGAACACGGGCAGCAAGCUUUGUGCACCAUACAACGAGCCGGCGAGCAGGCUAUGCUGGUGGGCGUGGUGGUGGUAUGACCAGUGGCUCAUCCGCCAGGUCAUCGGGUCGUUCUUUUGCUGGUGCGAGAGGAGACCAGUCAGCUGGAGCUGCAGCGGCUAUCGAUUCGGACUUUGCAGACUUGUUUGCGGAGCAGAAGAGAAGAUGACACAGCAGAGAUAAUGUACGAUAGCAUGAUGCACUAUAUAAUGAGACCCCCCUCAGCU